AUGAAGGGCCGAGUAACUGCUGAACAAAAUUUAAUUCUGUUAGAAUAUUUAAGGGAGCACCCUGGUCUUGCUAAAGGAAUAAACAAGGGUGCCAGACGACAAAAUAUUGACUCAAUAGAUUUGUGGAGUGAAUGUUCUGAAAAACUAAACAGUGUUAAAAAUGGUGGAAUAAAAGAUAAAAAAGGCUGGUCAAAGUAUUGGUGUGACUUGAAGUAUAGAACAAAACGGAGAUACCUAGAAAUGAAGGCAGCUAAAGAAAACAAUAAGCCACUAGCAGAUGAUGUUUCACUCACUCCAAUUGAAGAAAGUGUUCUUAAUGUCAUAAGUGAUGGUAACAUGGAUGAAGUUACCAUUAAAACGGAUCCUUUAGAUGUAUAUGAUGACUGCUAUGAUGAGACUGCAAGUGAUAAUGAUGAUGAAAAAGAAACAAAAUUUGAUGUAACACAAGCAAAAAGGCCUCAAAAACGGAGUCAUUCAGAUGAGAAUGAAUCAGCAGCGUCAAGUAGUAAAAUUCACCGGAAUGGAUUCCACAAAAGAGAUAGUGAUGAUUCAGAUCUGGAUGAUGCUUCAAAGUUUUUAAAUAUGGAGGAAAAGAAGUUAGAAUGUACACAAAACAUUAACAACAGUUUGCAAACAAUUUCAGUGCAAUUAAAAAAAUUAACAGACGUUAUCAGUGAUAUUCGGGAUGUUUUAAAAAAAAAAGAAAAAUAA